CAUCUGUUCUCAGCUGGACACCAGUGACAAGAAGAGAGCGUCUCACCUCUCGAGAAGUCAAGUCUUACCUAACGCUGUUUUUUAUCCUUUUUAAAGACAUUUUAUGAGCAGAGAUGGAGAGCGACUGCACGGAUUAACUUUCUGAGUCACUGAGUUUACAGUAACUGACGGAGGUCACUCAGUUUCUGGAUCCUAAUGGGAAGAUAGAGCCCCUCCUUCGUGUGCCAUGAGGGAGUAAACCUUCCCAGGAGGUGCCAUGUUAGCCACACAGAUGCCAGACACGCCAGCAGAGGCUAAACAGAUCAAAGAGAAGCUGGCGCAGUCGCUCAAGGCCCUGCAGAAGCGAUACGUGGCGUCCGAUGCGGUUGUCACCAGUGAGGACGGCGAUGCUAACCUCCUGUGCUGCGCCCUGGAGGCCAUCUUCAUCCACGGCAUCAAGACCAAGUACAUCCGCUCGGAGGCUGGGGGCCGGAAUAGGAAGGGAGACCGGGGACCCCUCCCUCAGCCGUUCUUCUGGAGCCUGCUGAAGACCGUCACACACCGCGAUGUGAUCACAGAGUUGGAAAAAAUCAGCUUCGUUGGCACCGACGUGGGCCGCUGUCGAGCCUGGCUGCGUCUCGCCCUCAACCACGGCCUGCUGGAGUGCUACCUCGCCUCGCUCUUCAGGGAGGACUCCAAGCUGCGCGCCCACUACCAGCCCAGUGCCUUGCUCCUGAACGCCGAGGAGCGGGAGGUUCUGCUCAGCUACCUCCAGGGUUUAGCUUCUCUCACAUUCAGCCUUUCGUACAAGUCGGCUGUGCUCAACGAAUGGACCACCACGCCUCUGGGGCUGGCUGGACUCUGCCCUCUGUCCCAGGCGGACUCACUGGAUCUGUCUCUUAAUGGUGGAGACCUUCCCAACACGAAGCCUGUGUAUAAAGAAUCAUGGGAUACGGUUUCUCAAUCCUCAGGGUCCUCGGAUGCCCAGGAUCUGCAGAGGGGUCCAGUGCUGCUGUUGAGCAGGGGGUCAGGUGGAUCUCAAGGAGGAAGGACUACACUAAACUCUUCUAAUUUAAGUCUGGACACCACGGGAUCCUCUCAGCUCUCCUCCAGUUUGAGCUCUGACAGCCUCCUACAGGGGCAGGACCCCCGCAGCCCCCCAGGAGAGCAGUGGUCCUCGUGUGACCUGGAGAUGCCCAAUAAUGUCAACAUCAACGGCAACAAGAGGACACAGAAAGAGUGUCUGUCUGAGUUUCGUGAGAGUGGCCACUGCAGUCAGGACUCCAUGCGCGAAGACUCCUUCGUCUCCAGCACAGGUCCAGAUCAGUACUCAGAAACCGCAAUCUUCAGCGGCUCUGACAGCGAGACCCCCGCUCCCGCUACACCGCCCGAAGACCGAACCUCAAACCCCGCCCUGCCUGAUUCAGAUCCCGCACCAACAUCCCUCGAACUGCCGACGUCUGAUGCUAACUCUUCUUUGGAGGCGUGCGUUUGUACGUCUUCGGAGUUACACUCGGACACAGACGUGCUCUCGACGGUCAGCGAGCCCGCAGAGGAAGUCUGUACGACAAGGGAGAGUCCAGAGCCUGACCAGGAAGAGAAAGCAGUAGAAACCUCAGAAAAGAGGACGUCUGAGGCUUCUGUGCAUCAAGGUGCACGUCGAUCGACCAGCAUCCUGAGCAGGAAGUUAUCCUCAGACUCUCUGUCUCAUUCACGCUCCUGGAUCUCUGAAGACGACAUCUACAAGCCCCGUCUGGAGGAGGAGUCGGACCAAGAGGAGGCGCCUCCUCCUGCUCCCCCUGCCGAACUGAAGGUGUCUCAGUCCGCUCCCAGUGUGGUCCAUCGCAGGCAGAUAGGACUGGCCAACCCGUUUCGUGGCUUGCUGAAGCUGGGUCACCUCGAGCGCCGAGGUGCCAUGGGGAUGUGGCGGGACUACUACUGCGAGCUGUCGCCCUUCGAGUUCCGCCUCUACCUCAACGCAGAGGAGCGGGCGUGUAGCGACAACUGCUCUCUGCUGCGAUGCGAGGACGCUCGCGUCACCGUCCCCGAGGGCCGCUUCGAGCUCGCCUUCCCCGGGAAGAGACUGUACCUCAGGGCGGCGAACCGCGACGAAGCCGAGGACUGGGUGGACCGGAUUGUGGAGGCUGUCAACAAAUGCCGGCCUGCUUCUCGCGUAGAUGAAACGUGGGAGGUGCUGCAACCCUACCAUGAGAAUGGCGUUGAGGUGUCGUCCCCGUCUUCCUCCCCCUCCAGCCCUGAGCGAGGUGUAUCCUCCUCUGACACAAGGACAGGUGGAGCUCAGGAGGCGCCUCCUCCUAAGCAGGACUUUGACUGGACUAGGGAUACUGAGUUGGAAACAGAUGCCAUCAAAGAAGCGGUUUUGUACUUCUCCACAGAUCCUGAGGCUCGGGUUUGGACACCUCUGGUCUUCUCCCUCUCUUUGGAGGCCCUGAAAGGCUUCCAGGUACGAGAGGGCAAGAAGUUCCAGCGGCUGAUUCACCUUAUUGAGGAAAUCCGGGACGUGGUUCCUGAUGUCUCAAUGGGAGGCCCUGCUUUUUUCAAACUCUUGACCGUCAAGGAGACCUUCAAGCUCAGGGCGGAGAACGCGGAGGAGGCUCGCUCGUGGAGGGUUUUGAUCCGUGGAGCUCUAGACUCUUACCUGGAGAGCGGGGAGGACGGGGACUCCGGGGAGCCAGCUGUGGUACGACCGGAGGUGAAUGGGAAUCUGCACAGACUGGUGCAGCACAGACUGAAAGAGGAUGGAGCUUUCCUGGUGCAUCUGUGUACAGUGCCGUCAGAGAAAGGGCUGGACACUCAGGGCUUCAGGUGUGCAGGAUGUCCCAAGCAGAUCGGUCCCUCACUGGGCAGAGCGAGGCUUUGUGAGUUCUCAGGCCAGUACUACUGUGACUCCUGUCAUCAUGGUGACACCUCCAUCAUCCCAUCACGCAUGGUGCACAACUGGGACCUCACACAGCGAGAGGUGUCUAAGAAGGCGCUGCGUCUGAUGGCUCAGGUGGAGCACGAGCCUCUGCUGAACCUGGAGCAGCUGAACCCUGAGCUGGUGCUUCACGCAGAGUCCAUGGCUCAGGCUCAGAACCUGCGACGGAGGCUGCGCCUGCUGGGAGACUACCUGCUCGCCUGCCGCAGCGGAGCCUGCAAGAAACUCCACGCCAGGAUGAAACAGCGAACCUACAUGUUGGAGUCGAGCCACCUGUACAGUGUCGUGGACCUCCGACAGAUAGCUGAGGGCGAAUAUGCAAACUACCUGCUCACACUGCUGCAGUACGCCUCCAACCACGUGUUCCACUGCGACCUCUGCACACAGCGAGGAUUCAUCUGUCAGACAUGCCACGCAGAUGACAUCAUCUUCCCCUUUCAGUUUGAACUCACCACCAGGUGUAAAGAUUGCAAGGCUGUGUUUCACCUGGCCUGCAAGGCUCCUGAAGACUCUUGUCCUCGCUGUCAGCGGAUGAAGAAAUACCUGGAGAGAGAUCUGCAGGACUGAGCGCAGCCAGCGGGGGCACUUACAGACCCUCUCACACACCCCCCCUUUCUCAGCAAGUUAGAACCCCCCUAAUGGAGAAAAGAGUAACGGAAAACUAAAACUAAAUCUAGCUUUUACAAGACGUAACCUCAAGUGCAAUUAUGAGCGCCCUGCCUGCUAACUGGAGAGGGAGAGUAGGAGCCACAGUGCUGCAGUAGCCACAGUCUCUUGCACUAACUCAGAGGAGCACUGAUCCUCGUGAUGCGGACUUGACGCAGCCAAAUGUUACUGACCGGUGACUUUAAUACCUCUCUGACUUCUGACUCAGCCACGGCAUCAAACGAAGGACAGGACAGGACUGCUGCCAAGAAUCUCACCCUCACACAUUUUUCACUUUGUGCUCUUUUUUUUUUUACUUUGAUUUUCUAAUCGUGUCAUGUUUACCAGAAAUGCUCAGUGACACACUCUGCAUUCUCACAUGCACAAAUAUUUAAACACAACACGACACAAAGUGCAAACAUCAGAGGAAACAGCACUUGGAAUGUCCUAAUAAACAUAUUUUGAUCGUGCCUUCUAUUUAAUUUAAGCUUUACACUAUUCCUCUCUUGGUGUUUCUUUCAUUCAGGGUCAAAAGCAUUACAUAGAAAGUUGUUUUAUAUGAUAUGUGUAUAAACUACCACAACCAUAAGAGGGACUUACAUAGUCGCAUUAGAUUCUGAUCUUAUAUCUCAUGAGAAGAAGUUGCUGAGAAGAUUUUUUGGGAUGUUUUUUUCUUGAAAUUUGAAGAUUACAUAUCUAAAUGUGUGAUAAAAUAAAAGGAAAUGUCCAAAAGAUUCAGAGGGGUGAUUAAAAAAUGCAUGUUUAACAUUA